UCUCCAACUCGCUAUUUUUUAUUUUUUAUUUUUUGAAAUGCCGUUGGUGGACUAUGGAAGCUCGUCAGAAGAGGAAGAAGAGGAAGUAUUCAGCCUAGAUAAGAAGAUGGAGCUGAAGGAGCAAUCCAUAACAAAACGUACGAUACAAGACGACUCGGAGCGAGUACCCCCAAAGAGGAUCAAGAUAGCCCUCCCACCACUUCCAAAUUCAUUGACUGACCUCUUCAGGGACAGGGAGCGACCUGCUGACAAUCCAGAGCGACACCAGGGUCGAACCCGGACGCGUGCCCACAUUGACGGCUCCUGGCCAGUACAUGUUUAUCUCGAAGUGAAGUUGUCUAGUGAGCUCUUCGAUAUUGUGACAACCUUAAUCAAGGUCGCCCGAAAGUCGGCUCCAGGCACCGUCUCGUUGCUCGAAUCGAUUGCUUCAAAAAAUAGCAAAAACACGACCCCAAUUGAAGCGGAGGCCUCAGAGGACGCGACGGAAUUGCAUAUCAGCCUGACGAAACCGCUCUAUUUGCAAGAGCUGCACACUGGACGAUUCGCAUCUGAUGUCAGAGACGCCUUCAAGAAACGGAAGAAGUUCAGCGUGUCGUUUUCUGGUGUGCAGAGUUUUGCCAACGAAGACAAGACGCGGUCAUUCCUGAGUCUACGGGUAGGGUCUGGACAUGCGGAGAUAGAGAGUCUUGUAAGUGAGAUGGAUAUGAUAGUAGAGCGGUAUUGCCAGCCAGCAUUCUAUGAAGAUCCGCAGUUUCACGCCAGUUUUGCAUGGGCCUUGGGAGGAAAUGUUCUGAACGAAGACAUUGUGGAUACCAUGACUGAAUUGGAAGGCGAAUUGGGACAUGAUCUCAGGCACUGCUCCAUCACUGUGCGUCGCGUCGCGUGGAAGAUUGGCCAAAAAGUUGGCUCUGUGGCCCUUUCGUAAAAUAAAACUUUAAAUAACG